AUGAGUGUUGCAAAACCGAUAAGCUCUCCACCAGUGGACCAAACGAUAGAAAAUAAAGUUGGAGCAGGCGCAAUCUCAAGCGAAGUCGAUCAUACUGACAUUCUGUCGGACGACAUAGAAGUACUACUUUCUCAUCCAGAAUUCUCUGAUGUAAUUCUGGUAGUCAAUGGAGAAAAAAUUCCUGCUAACAAAGCUCUUCUGGCUGUUCGUAAGGUGACUUUUAGAGGUUUACUUUAUGGCGGAUUGAAAGAAAGUGGUGACGGCGAAGUCGUACUAAAUCAAAUCAACGUAUUUGCGUUUCGCAUCGUUUUAAGGUAUCUCUAUACGGCUAAGCUUACACUGAGUGACUAUGAGGAAGAUCAGCUGUUGGAGAUCCUCAGUGUUGCUCAUCAAUAUUGCGUAAAUGAUCUUCAGCAUGCGAUUGCUGAUUAUCUCAAGGGGUUUCUUCAAUUACCUACCAACGAGGUGUCCCAGUUGCUGUCAUCGCUCGACACAUUUUCUAUCGAUGAACUUUCGAAGUUCCGCGCAAUUCGGGCAUGGAUAAUGGCGCACAAAGAACUGCAGAUAGAUACUGAAGAGAUGAUCAUGGGAUGUGUACGGCUUCCACAUAUCACUCGUGAUGCCCUCGUGAAAGAAGUACGAGAAUCAGGUCUUCUCAAAGCGGAAACCAUACUGAACGCCAUGGAAAAACGGAUCAGGAUGUUCAAGGAGGAAGAAGAGAAGAAAAAGAAAAACACCCUCUCUACUGUUAUGUAA